CGAAUUAAAUGGAAGACAUAUGUAAUAUCGGAAUGGUAUCUUAUUAUAAUUCCCUUGCGAUGCUUUGCCAACAAGUAUCUGGCCAGCAGCCACUUCCACAGCAACUACCACAAAAUAAUUCUGUACAACAUAAUUCGACAUCAAAUAAUUCUGCAUUAAGUAAUUCUACACAACAUAAUUCUGUGCAACAUAAUUCUGUGCAACAUAAUUCUGUGCAACAUAAUUCAGUGCAACAUAAUUCUGCUCAACAUAAUUCUGCUCAACAUAAUUCAGCGCAACAUAAUUCUGCUCAACAUAAUUCAACGCAACAUAAUUCUGCGCAACCUCAUUCUGCACAACAUGAUCUGCAACAAACAAACACCACAGCCGACGGAGAUCAGCAAUACUGGUAUAGUUAUCCAAAUGAGCAUUUACAUGGAUCUUCACAUGGGUCUUUACAUGGACAUGUACAUACAUAUCCACAUACACAUACAUAUACACAAACACUUCCAGAGACACAAGCACAAAUACAGGCAGAAGCGCAAGCUGAAGCUGAAGCUCAAGCACAAGCUGAAGCUCAAGCACAAACACAAGCACAAACACAAGCACAUACACAUACACAUACACAAGUCCAAGCACAUACACAUACACAUACACAAGUACAAGCACAAGCACAUACACAUACACAAGUACAAGCACAAGCACAUACACAAACACAAGCACAAACACAAGCACAAACACAAACACAAGCACAAGCACAAGCACAAGCACAAGCACAUCCAAAUACACAUACACGUGUACGUACAAAUAUACGAUCACGUGCAAAUGCACGUGCACAUGCAGUUCCAUAUCCACUUCCACAAAAACUUUCACGAACACUUCCACGAACACUUUCACAAACACUUCCACAAACACUUCCACAAACACUUCCACAAACACUUCCACAAACACUUCCACAAACACUUCCACAAACACUUCCACAAACACUUCCACAAACACUUCCACAUGCAUAUUCACAUGCACUUCCACAAACAUUUUCACAUGCAAUUCCACAAACACUUUCACAUGCAAUUCCACAAACACUUUCACAUGCAAUUCCACAAACACUUCCACAAACACUUCCACAUGCACUUCCACAAACACUUCCACAAACACUUCCACAUGCACUUCCACAAACAUUUUCACAUGCACAUACACAAACACUUUCACAUGCACAUACACAAACACUUUCACAUGCACAUACACAAACAUUUCCACAAACACUUGUACAUGCACACGCACAUCCACAUGCACAUACACAUCCACAUGGAUAUCCACAUGUCCAUUAUCAAUCAACUGGACCACAACAAUAUUUGGAUCCGGCAGAGAUGAUUUCUAAUUGGCCGCAUCCUCACGCUUACCCGUACUCACAUAUUCAUCAGUAUCAGUAUCACCAAUAUCAACAAGCUCAGCUGGCAGGAAUAAAUGACUGGGGUUAUGAAGCAUGUGGUCCUCUUAUAACUGAAGAAAUAAGCCCUCCUGUUGCUGCCAACGGGGGCGAAGUUAGUAAUCCAGAUCCUUCGUCUACUUCAUCGAAGAAUAACGACAGCAGUAACGUUACAAAUAGUAAAAACAUUAUUACGCCUAGCGCUAGCAAUAGUGGGAACGGUAUUAAUAGCGCGACAUCGAUGAGACCCGCGCAGAUCAGAAGUCCCUACGAGUGGAUGAAGAAGAGUUCUUACCAGUCUCACCCCAAUCCUGGAAAAACCCGAACUAAAGACAAAUACAGAGUGGUCUACACAGAUCAUCAGAGGUUGGAGCUUGAAAAGGAGUUUCACUAUAGCCGUUACAUCACAAUCCGUCGCAAAGCUGAACUCGCCGCUAAUCUUGGGCUUUCGGAACGACAGGUUAAAAUUUGGUUUCAAAACCGUCGUGCAAAAGAACGAAAGCAAGUUAAAAAGCGCGAAGAGCAUGGACGGAAAGAGUUAAAAGCGGCAGAUGGAAUACCAGGCAGUGCAAUAGCCAGCCUGGCAAUCGAAGGGUUGGCAGAAAUGGGCGGAAUACUUGCUUACGAAGGUAAUCCGCCAUCUCCUCGCGCUGGACCUUCGUCACGGCCAGUCCUUUAAGGACCUGCUAUCCAC